CUCCUGAUGUUGAUCCAUGAGAAGAAUGUGUGAUGCUUGUUGGUUCAGGGACAUUUCCUCAUCAUCUGCUGGCAUGUAGCUCUAAAUUAGCUCGUAUGUGUCGAUCGGUCGGCCAUACGUUGCAUAUAAUUAUUUCACAGACAAACUGAUUGGAAUGCGGCCGAUUAUCGGAUUCUUUUUGUCUAUAUUGUCAGCCUUGUGGUAUUCAUAGGGAAGUAGGUCGUUUGAAAGUUGGUGUGAGCAUUGGUGUACGUCAAAAUUCUUGAUUGUAGUUCAGUUUGAAAGCUAACCUUGUGCUCUCUCCUCUCCCAUGGCCAAACUCUCGGUUCACGAGCCCCUUCUGUCCAAUGGAGGGGUUGAGCAUGGCUCUUCCAAGCACAUGCCUUUUGCAUGCUCUUUGGCUAAAUGGGUGCUAAAAUCUUUGAUGUGGAUCAUUUUCAUAAUUUGGGUUGCUGCAAUAUUUUUCUACCCUACCGACUUGGUGAGGAGUCUGCAAUCGAGAUGGAUUAGUAUUACCGAAAAUUCUGUUUUUGGGAUUACAGGAAGCAUAUUUCUUGGAUUCAGUGCGCCGAUUCUCAUCAUUGCAUUUCUGGCAUUUAUAUACAUAACUGCCUUCCCCAGAGAUCAUUUUGAGAAGAAGAAUUCAAAAUUUUCGAGGUUUCGACUCUGGACAUUCCCUGUCCUAGUUGAUGGACCAUUUGGUGUUGUCUCUGCUGCAGAAUUUAUCGGGAUCCUCCUUUUUUCUGUAUAUGUUCUCUGGUCGAUUACUGCUUAUACAAUACAAGCCGAUAGCUUGAUUUCGAAAUUUCCACUGCCUUCGAAAGAAAAAGGUACUUUCAUGCUGGAACUUAUUGGGCUUCGGUUAGGCUCAAUUGGACUAUUUUGCAUGCUAUUCUUGUUUCUGCCAGUUGCAAGGGGUUCAGUUCUUCUUCGUUUAAUAGAUAUUCCAUUUGAGCAUGCCACCAGAUACCAUGUCUGGCUUGGACAUCUUACAAUGGCUCUCUUCACAUUUCACGGCAUAUGUUAUGUUGUUGCGUGGUCAUUGCAGGGGCGUCUCCAGCAAGAAAUUCGAGAGUGGAAGAAUAUUGGUGUUGCUAAUUUUCCUGGGGUAAUUAGCCUGUUGGCGGGUUUGUUGAUGUGGGUGACAUCAUUGCAUCCUGUGCGGAAAAACUAUUUUGAGCUUUUCUUUUACACCCAUCAAUUGUAUGUGAUCUUUGUUGUGUUCUUAGCGCUGCAUGUUGGAGACUUCAUCUUCAGCAUGGCAGCUGGAGCAGUUUUCCUUUUCAUACUUGAUCGUUUUCUGCGGUUCUGCCAGUCUCGAACUACAGUUGAUAUCAUUUCAGCAGUGUCUCGCCCAUGUGGAACCGUGGAAUUGAUCCUUUCGAAGCCAGCAAAUCUUCGUUACAAUGCUCUCAGCUUUAUUUUCCUUCAAGUACGAGAAUUGCCAUGGUUGCAGUGGCAUCCAUUCAGUGUUUCCUCCAGUCCUUUGGAUGGUAGAUACCAUCUGUCAAUUUUAAUAAAAGUACUUGGCACAUGGACAGGGAAACUGAGGGAUAUCAUCACUAAUGUUCCGGACCAGCCUCAAAAGGACUCUCAGUCACAACCUAGUAGUAUAACAGCCUCUGUUGAAGGGCCAUAUGGACAUGAGUCGCCCUACCACUUGAUGUAUGAAAAUCUCAUACUGGUAGCUGGUGGCAUUGGUAUUUCACCCUUCCUGGCCAUAUUGAGUGACAUCCUUCACCGAAUUAGGGAGGGAAAACCUUGUUUACCAAAGAAUGUAUUGGUUGUUUGGGCUGUUAAAAAAUCUAAGGAGCUUUCUCUCCUUUCAGCAGUUGAUGCACAGCACAUAUAUUCAUCUUUCUCCGAUAAAUUGCAUCUGGAUAUUCAAGCUUAUGUAACUCAAGAAUCAGAGCCUUCAUUGGAAGAGGGUAAAGUUGAUGUGAGCAUGAUGUCUCCCUCUCUUUCCACAACAAAUGGUAGUAUGAUGUCAUGUUUGGUUGGCACAGGGAAUAACAUCUGGUCUGGAAUUUAUGUCGUUGCAUCUACUCUUGGUUUCAUUCUAUUAUUCGGUAUUGUGGAAGUAUAUUACAUCAAACCAUUUGGAGUAUCUGCUUGGUGGUACCGGGGGCUCUUGUUUACCUUAUGCAUGGUUGCUGGUGUCAUUUUUCUGGGGGGUAUUGUUGUUUACUUCUGGAACCAAUGGGAAAAAUGUAGCUCACGCAAUGAAAAGUGGACAGUUGAUGCUGCAAAAGGCAACUUGGGGCAUUGCAGGGAGCCAAGUCUCCAUGGGGAGAUGAGUAUGACAAGUCUUUCAAGUCUGCAAACGACUCGGUAUGGAUGCAGGCCUGAUUUUCAAGACAUUUUCAGUUCGUUCUCGGAGAAUGUGGGCCGUGCCGAUGUGGGUGUAAUUGUAUGUGGACCACCUGGCCUCCAGUCUGGUGUUGCGAGGGAGAUCAGGUCACAGAACAUCAGAGGCAGCUGGAAUCAAGCAGUCUUCCAUUUCAACAGCCACAGCUUUGAUCUCUAGGAACUUGAUCACUUAUUAACAGUUUAUGCGAGCUCUACCUUAUACUUCAAUAGAAAAUCUUCUCCAACCUUGCAUGCAGGUUGAUAUGAUCUAUUGUACCAGAAAUCAGAAACUCUCUCCUCUCUCUCUCUCUUCUCUCUGUAUUUUUGUUCAUAUUAGCUGUUUGGAUGUAUGUAUAUAUAUAUAUAUAUAUAUAUAUGGAUUAAUUAAGCUAAUUAUGACCCAAAAUUGCACA